AUGUCCCGGGGACAGGUCAUUCACAGUGGGCACUUUAUGUGCUCAAAUCUGCACGAUGACACCGUCGCCGAUGAGGAUGAAGAAGAUGUAGAGGUUUGUGAAUCACGAAGAAAUCCGAGUGUAACGUGUAUUUUCUGCAGGUGGAUGUGGUGGAGGAUGACGAUAAGUCGACGGAGACGCUCAAGAAUAAGGCACUCGACGAGAGGCCCGUCACUUUUUACAAAUUCGGAGCAGGAAAGACUCAGUCGAUUGCGAUCGAUGUCUCGCUGAACAAGUUGAACAAGUGCAUCAAAGUCGCCUAUAAGUGAGUGUUACUUCUCUUAUCAUCCAUCUCAUAGUUUGCAGCAAAAUGACCACACCGAAAUGGAAAGACUUCAAGGGACUACGGUUGCACUGGAAGCAGCGGAUCCGGCUGAACAACGUCAUCUGGAGAGCCUACUACAUCGAGUGUAAGUGCCCGUUCGAACUAGUUGCUCAGCCCUCAAAAAGAUUCCGUUUUAGUCCGGAAAAAGGAGACGAAAAAACGGAAAAAACCGUUUUGUUACUUCGCCGUGCCCGACGACGACACGACGCAUCAGAAGAUCGAGGGAAGUAUAGUGGAGGGAAUGUACUGGAAGCGGAAGAUGGAGGGAGUUUGUGCGCAGUACAAAAGGUGGCGAAUCCGCUCCAAACACAACUUCUGCGCGGAAAAGGGCGGAAUGGUGGCCACUUGCUCGUCGAGCAGCGUCUCCAGUCUAUCCGGAGAGCUAAGAAGGAAACGAGUAAGAGUCCAUCACUGUCCUUUCUCGGCAAACUCGACUCCAAUUCAGAAGCAACCGAGCCACAAAGAGUCGGUGGACAACACGACGGCACGGAAAUUCGAGCCGCCUGCGAAACUGCAAAGGAGUCAGACGCCGAAGCACACGAUCUCCGACGAGUUCGCGUGGGCGUUGGACGACCUGGACAACGUUUUCACCGAUGACUUUCUGAAUUCGCUCAGCGAGCCGUACAUGUUUCCGGACUGCAGAGACGCCUGUGAGUGACCAUCUUUAUGGCAGAUUCUUCGAUGACGUAGUGAUAAAUAACUGCUAUCAUCCGUCUUACUGACCCCAUUUUCUUCUUUUAGACGGUGGCAACAAUGCGGACAUCAUGCAGCCGGGCCUUCUUUCCCUUCAGCCCGAUCUCGAGGAUAUCAUGAUGUCUUUUGCCGCCGAAAUGGCCGAUUCGCCGCCUUUUCCUCACGGAGACCGCGAGACCAUGCGGACGCCGAACCCCCAGGAUCAACGGCCCUCCACCUCGUCCCAGCCCUCUCAGAUGAGAAGGUCCGCCUCGUCCUCGGCGUCACUCCAUCAGAUGCAGGUGGCUCAGCAGCAGCAGCAGCCGCAGCAAGAGCAACAGCAGCAUCAGAUCCAGCAACCGGUUGCCCGGCCGCCGACCCAGGACUUCUUGGGUCCUUCGAUUAUGAUGGAUUACCGGAUGAUGCCGACGCGGCAGUCAUCCGCAAUCACUUCCCAGAUGCUCAUGCUCAGUCAGUCAGCGUCGACUUCUUCCAGCCAGCCACAGUACUCAACUUCUUCGCAUUACAACUCGAACUUUGUGCCGGUGAGGAACGCGAUGACCAGCCACCAUCAGAACCAUCCGCAUUCCACGUGGAGCAAACAGAACUUUCUGGUGGGUAUCUAUUAUGAAUCUUUCAAAGUAAUCGCUCACUUUUCAGACCUCAAUUCCACACCAGAGUCAGAUGGAACGGAUACUUAACAAUCAGGUCCGGACGCCGUUGGUGCCCACCCAAACCGAUCCGUACAUGCCGCAAUUUCUGCAGUCUCCACAGGCGGCUCCACAAAUCCACGAUCCCCUGAUGGCUCCGUCGAGGUCCUGGUGGCUCGACAGUCCUUUGACCGCCAGUGUCCAGUCCCCCUUAUCCGUCGCCACUCCGCUUCCACUGGCAAAUCAGAGUGGCCCGCAGACCCCUUUGGGUCAACUGAUUGGAGGUGGAGCAGACGCUCAUUCUGGUGGAUUCAUAAUCGGAAACAAUGGAUUGAUGAAUCACGGCCUCAAAAUGGGCGGUCCGACCCUCACUCAACGUCUCGAGCAGCCCGGAAUCGCCUCUUCUCACAACGCUCUGUUCGGAAACAUGGACAACAAACCGAAAGUGUUCACUCCGCUGGCCUCCCAACAAGCCCAGUCGCCUCUCGACUUCACCAGUCUCUCACGACUCCGAACGUCUUCUUUGAACGAGUCGUGGAAAAUGACGGACAACUCGCCGACCUAUCAAGCACUCGCCGCCGCCGUAAACACCAGGCCGUCUGUGCUCGGCGCCGAUAUGCGAAAUGCGCAUGACGGUGGGCAGUCGGCAUUCGGAAGCCCCUCCACGUCCACGAGUAUUGCCGAUGUUCCCGCUCCACUCGCUCAACCGCCGACUCCCGUUCAGCCGAAGAUCAUUCCCCCGAAACGGGUCGAGCCGGAGCCCGUCGUGCAGCGGCAGCAGUCUUGUGAUGUGAACCUGCUCAAUGGAUCCAACAAGUCGGGUCUACAAAAUACAUCAAAAGCCGAUGAAAAGGCAGUAGGCAGACAAUGUGAGUUUGAUGAUAUCAAACGCUGAGCUCACCGUUCAUUCUUGCUUCCAGAUUCCACGGAGCUCAAGGAAACAAAAGAAGAGCCGCUUCCAAUGAGCGCUCCGUCGAGUGUGAAAUCAAUGCGAAGACAGGCUCCAGACUCGACGUUGCAUCCGGAGGAAAGGAAGAGAAUACUUCAUUUGCACGCCGAGCAGAACAGACGGAGUGCGCUCAAGGACGGCUUCGAUCAGCUCAUGGAUAUUGUGAGUUCGAACAAUUCAUUGCGCUUCUCAUGACUUAUCAUUCACAGAUUCCGGAUCUGUAUUCUGGUGGUGUGAAGCCAACGAACGCGGUCGUUCUCGCCAAAGCGGCAGAUCAUAUUCGACGUCUUCAAGGCGAUAAAUGGGAGAAAACACAGAAGAUUGACGAGGCAAAGUCCAAGAUAGAGAAGCUGAAUCAGAGGAUAGCGUGAGUUCCAGAGCCUCAUUACAAAGAGAGCAUCCAGAACGUUCCAGAUCUCUGCAAUCGAAUCUGCCCCAGUCGAGCGCUCCAUCGAGCUCUUCCCAAGUGGAUUCCAAGACUUCGCUCGAGACGUUCUUCGAUCGAUACGUGAAAGACGGCACGAAAAAGGACUGGAGGUUCUGGGUGGUGAGUUAUUUGAACGACCGAAUUCAGUGGAAUCGAUGCUCUUCCAGAUGUGCCAAAUGCUCAAACCGCUGUGCGUCACUCAAACCAACUCCUACGCCUCCUCGGUCGCCGGGGAUUCUUCGUCGCGCAACGAAGUGGCCGCCACGUGCUCCGAUUGGCUCAACAAGAACUGGAAGGCCACCGAGCUGCGGCCUCUUGCCAGCACUCUUCUCGUCAGUUUCAUAAUGAACUCUCCUCCUCCGAACUUUCCCCCGUUUUCAGGUCUCCCUUGCCACCAACUCCAGUAUUCUGGCCGAGCCGGAAACCCUUCCGGACUAUGUCAUGCAGCAGUUAAAGAAUCCCUUCUAGUUUGUACAUAUUUUGAUAGUUCCUAUUUUCGCUUAGACCAGUUUCCCCUUUUUUUCCAAUUCCUCAUCGUUGCCAUUAUUGUUCUUGUUCUAAUCCAGGCCGUCAGCUAAAACUGUAAACGGGUGAUCUCUGAUUGUAUGGCAGCCAACAGUCUUUUUCGGGUUUCGACUUCCCUUCAACACAAUUUGCUCAACUUUUAAAUAAAUUAUGUCAUUGUCAUGGAUGUUUUAUGAAACAAGACUACUUCAUUAGUCACGAGAAGUGUCGAUCUCCGUCUGCCUCCUCACGACUCCAUUAAACAUUUCCACUUAAUUAGCAGUAGAGACUGGUGAAUUAUUACUAUGAGCAAAACGAUUCGGAAGUUUGUCGUCAUGGAGAAAGAUCAAAGAUCAAGUUUCAUGACAUCAUAACCAGCUCAGAAUAAUGCAACAGAUUCUGUUUGAGAUCCUUCACCUUCGACUCACGACUCGCUGGAACAGGACGUGUACGUUCCUGUAAAGGUGGUUUUAGGCACAUCAUACCGCUUUUUACCAUACAACGUCGGCCAUUGUUUUUCUGAAAGCAUCAUCACAAAUGCAAAAGUAUUAGCCUUUUCGAGAGUAAAUAACGGUAUCGUUAAAGGCGCAGCUCGUUUCUUAUGCGGGUCUCGGCACGAUUCUUUUACAGUACCCGCGAAAGAUUCGAACCGUUCGGCGCCAUUUUCGGGCAUUUGUUGUUUUUCCUAAUUUUGAAGCAGUUUUUAAGGUUUUCCGAAUUUUUCCUUUGCUAUCUCUCGUUUUACAAGUAAAUUUUCAGCCAGAUUAUGCAAUCGGCGAGCUCGGAGCACAUUCAAUCGCCAUACUUUCUGAGCCAGCAUUAUGGUUAGUUGAUUGAAUCGAACGAUUCUCGGAAUAUCACAAUGUUUCACCUUCAGCGUUCCCAACACCGCAAAUGGCUCCGAUGCUCAUUCCGCCACCUCAAACACCUCUGAUGCACCCCUACAUGCAGACUAGAAACAUGCUCCCGUCUCUUGCUGCUGCCAUUCCAGACAUGAAGUCGUUUUCGCUCGAAGAGCCUAUUGAGGCUGGAAACUUACCGUAUAGACGUGGAAACAAGUCGACUUCAACGGCCGCCGAUGAAGUGAGUGGAAUCCUACCGAAACCCAUAUUUUGAACCUCCGUUUCAGUCGCUCAACAAUCUGCACCGAUCCGCAUCGUCUUCUCAUUUCCGACGUCAUUCCGCGCACUGGGAAACAAUGACAGACGAUGAACGAGAGCUGAUUCAGCGGCAGAAACGGAAGGAAGAGGCGUUCAAGACUGCGCUGUGUGAUGCUUUCAAAAGAACCGGCUCCUGUCCGUAUGGACCAGCUUGUCGCUUCGCUCACGGCGAAAAUGAACUCCGAAUGCCAUCGCAACCACGUGGAAAGGCUCAUCCCAAGUACAAAACGCAGUUGUGCGAUAAGUUUUCGACUUACGGACAAUGCCCAUACGGACCACGCUGCCAGUUUAUUCACAAACUGAAGAAGGUACAUUGUGCUGUCGUUCUGCCGCGACAACAAGUUUUUCUCAUUCAGGGACUCCCACUGCUCGAGUACAAUCGGGCUCUGUAUCAAGGACAGAUCAGUCCGGCUCGCGAUGAUGAAAUCACCAACCCUGACGAGUCUUCCGAUCACAGCGGUCUCAAUUUAACUCGAACUCUUCUCCGCCGGCGCCCAAGUGCUCUGGACACUUCGGACAGUGGAUACAGUGGAGGGGGAGGUCGCAGACGUCUCCAACCGCUCACACACAUCGACGAUGAUUUGCCGCGCGCCCCGAAAUGCUCCGGAGUAUCGGGAGGAUCACAGAAAGUGGUGUAUCCGCCGAUGCAGGUUGUGAACAUUGAGAUGGCGACGGGGCAGAAGAAGAACACCACGGAGCACCGUCGUGUGUCUUCCUCGUCGUCGCAGCCAACGAUCAUCAACCAGGCGGAUUACGAAGCAUCGAUGGCCAGUGGGAAGAUCUUUGGAAAGCCGGUAAGCCCGGACUCUAGGUGGAUGAGACAUGACAUUGUUUCUUUCAGGAGAACAUUCGUACAUUCGGUGCGAUGCUGAGAGCCAAUGAGGACAAUGUGGAGCGCAAUCCGGCCAGUGGAAGCAAAAAGGAACGAGUCAAAAUACAGUCGAAGCAGGUGCGUAGUUCGCAUUGAAACACAUCGAAUUUAAGAACUGUGUUCAGGAACUGUCAUUAAUCCGCGAAGAAGACACUCUUCUGGUGGACGGCUCCCAAUUGCACACAUCCAUUCCGUCGACGGCUCCCGCUCUUCCGGCCGCUUCUCAAAACAUUCAGUCGCAGCCGUGGUACGAGAAGAUCUUCGGACAACAGAUGACAGUCAUCAAGGAGGAGUCGUUGGGAGACGAGGAGAGCACCUCCUCGCAGUUUCUUGCUCACUCUUUCGACGACCCCGCUCCCUAA